AUGGCGGUAAAUGGUGAUGAUUUGAAAAAAUUGAAUAAUAUCGAUUUGAUGAAACUUGGUGCGGACCUUCAUGUGGACUUUAAUACGGGGAGAAGAUUGUCAAAGGCAAAUGAUGCCGGUGAAAGGCGUGUUUUGGUUAUAUACACCGGUGGCACAAUUGGCAUGGUGAAGACCGACGAUGGACUGUCACCAGGCAAAAACAUGUUCAAGCCCUCGAUACGACGAUAUCCACAGCUUCAUGACGAAAAUUAUCACCAGAAAAUUAUGAAAGCGUCGCCAGCAGACACGAGUUUGGAAAGUUUCUUUGUGUUACCAAAAACUGAUGACGUAACGUGGAGAAUUUUGUACGAUAUCAAGGAGUACGACCCGCUGUUGGACUCAUCGGACAUAACUGAAGCGGAUUGGGUGAAAAUUGCUAAAGAUAUUCAGAGUGACUACGAGCAGUAUGAUGGGUUUGUAGUCCUUCAUGGCACAGACACGUUGUCUUAUACAGCAUCAGCUCUCUCCUUCAUGUUCGAAAACCUCGGCAAGGCUGUUGUACUUACUGGUUCGCAGAUUCCAAUCUUUGAGCCCCGGAGUGACGGCGUGGACAACUUCGUGUCAUCUCUCAUUAUCGCAGGGGGCUACAACAUCCCGGAGGUCACCAUUUUCUUCUACGGCAAAUUGCUUCGGGGUAACCGAACGCGGAAAAUAUCCGUGAACAAUUUUUUCGCAUUUGACUCUCCAAACGCUGUCCCAAUCGUGAAGGUUGGGCUGGAUAUGGAGGUAAAUAAGGCUGCUAUCUUCAAGCCCACUGUCAUCGAGAAGUUCCAUGUCCACGCCAUGAUGUCAAAGCAUGUUUCUCAUCUCAGAUUGUUCCCCAGUAUCAGCACAGAAGCCGUGAAAUCUGCUUGCCAGCACCCUAUUCAAGGUUUAGUGAUGGAGACGUAUGGCGCUGGUAAUGUUCCAUCAACUAGGCAUGACAUUCUGCAGGUGAUAGAAAGAGCUGUAAAGAGAGGAGUCAUCAUUGUGAAUAUCACUCAAUGCACUACGGGUGCAGUGGCUGCACUUUACAAGACUGGGCAGGCAAUAGCGAAGGCGGGAGUGAUAUCAGGAUACGACAUGACGCCUGAGGCUGCCCUUACCAAGCUCUCCUACGUGCUCACCAAGACUGAACUAUCUUACCAACAGAAAGUUGAUAUGAUGUGCUUGAACAUCAGAGGAGAACUUACCAAUCUCUCUUCUAUGUCUAUUGUUGAUCAAUCGCUUAAGGAGGCUUUGGGCAUUAGUCUGAACAUCCAGUCUCCAAAGAAGCUGGCAGAAGUGGUUGCGAACGUGUUCUCUUCUCUGCUGCUGUAUGGGAUAAAGCAAGGAGACGAGGGUAUCGUCAAAAAGCUGUUAGAUAUGGGCGCAGAUGUUAACGCUGAAGAUUCAGAGGGCAAGACUCCUCUUCAUGAGGCUAUCCUGACUGGAAACCACCAAAUGGUCGAAUGCUUACUGAUAAAUGGCGCCAACGUGCAUUUCAAGACAAGAACCGGCGAGUGUCCUCUCAUCACGGCAGUGUUACGCGAAGAUCCUCAGAUCAUCAAUUUACUGCUGAAGUGUGGAGCUCACCUGGCCAAUGCCGACAUAUACCCGAUCUCGGAAAUCAUGACCACAGCUAUAAGAACCGGAUCCAUAUCCAAACUGGAGUCGUUGAAGCUAGCAGGCGCCAAGUUUGACAUAGUUGAUGAGCUUCGACAGACACUAUUACAUAAGGCUGUGCUGUGUAAUCGGCCAGAAGCAGCAGAGUUUCUCCUCAGACAAGGUGUAGAUAAAGAAGCUAAAGACGUCCUCGGCCACAGUCCAGCUGACUACGUGAUGAAACUCAACAGGAGGAGCCUUGAUACAUAUUUCCACUAA